AUUUUUGUAUGUGUAUGUUACAAAGGUAUUCUACCACUCCGAGUAAGUAGCUUUUCAUAUCGAUUUCCCUCAAGGGGGAAAACACUUGACAAGUAUACACAAUGGGUAUAUUCAAGUGGUAUAAGCAUAGUGAUACCUCUCAGUUAUUGAGUCAGAAGGAAACCCCUCAAUCCCAUUCUCUUUCAGCGGCGAAAGAAACUGAUGCAUCUCUCCUUUCGCUUUCCGAGCGACUUCAACGUGUUAGUCUUGAGAAUAUCAAACACGUUACGGCCAACGACGUGAAACGCAUAAAAGAAACGCUAACCACAGCAGACUUAGAAAGUGCGAUACGCCAUAUGCUGGAGGAUAACCGUUUUGUGGAUGUGAUUACUUACAGCAGCUCUGCCGCGUGGAAGGAGGCUGCCCGUGAUAUAAAGCCUGUACAAAAACAACUUAUCUUUGGCUUAAUAAAGGAGCGCAUGGGCUACUUAUACAAUAUUUUGCCUUUUGUGACGGAAAACUUCUUACAACAAAUGACUACACUUUUUGGGGAUAAAACCAACUAUGAGAAGGCGAAAAAUCGGUAGUAUCAAAAAAAAUGUCUGUUUACCAAUAUUCCUUCUUUUUGACGUUUAGUCUUCUAGAUGUAGUGUGAGUUGUGUGUAGUGGUUGAUU